CAAGGAUUGAACUCAGUAUCGACGAAUCACAGAAGCCCGACGUCCAAAUUGUCGAUUAAACUUACAUAUAGCAAUAACUUUACACAAGUUCGCGACGAAUUGUAUAUAAUGCAGCAUUAUGCAGAACGGUACUAGUCGCGCAUAGAAGGCAUUACAACCUCCGACCAGUGCCAAAUGAUGAAGAGCCUGCUAGAGGGGACGGUUGUCAUCGCGUGCAUUCUCAUCGCGUCAUCGUCAAAUGCUGGAGGACAGCGGUGUAAUGGCGGGGCGAGUUGCAUCCCUCUGAACGAAUGCUCGGGUCUGCACGCGCAGCUACAGAAAGGCAACACACCGCAGCUGACGCAACUCCUGCGCAGCCUGCACUGUGGCUUCCAAGGGACCGACGUUCCUAUGAUAUGCUGUCCGCCAGAGUUUCUAGGUGGUCAGAGCUCGACCCUGUCGAUGAGAGCUGGUAAUCCUCUGGACCUCCUGCCAAACUCUCGAAUUUGCGGGAUUCAGAACAAUGACAGGAUUGUGGGAGGCGUACAGGCUGACAUCGACGAGCAUCCAUGGAUGGCCCUUAUCAGAUACGACAAACCCGUCAGUUGGGGCUUCUACUGCGGAGGUGUCCUCAUCUCAGCCAGAUACGUCCUCACAGCGGCUCACUGUGUCAAGGGAGCUGAUCUACCAACAACCUGGAGACUGACACAAGUACGACUAGGUGAAUGGAACACGACCAGCGACGUGGAUUGCUUCCACGACGACUGCAGUGGGCCCGUGCAGGACAUUCCAGUGGAGGAGAUCAUCGCACAGGAGAACUACGACCCUCAGGACAGUCAGCAGCACCACGACAUCGCGAUGCUGCGACUUGCUUACAAUGCGCAAUACAAUGAUUUCGUGAAACCCAUAUGUUUACCGAUGACCAACGAGCUGAGAAACAGCUUCUUUGAAGGCUUUGACCUGGAGGUAGCUGGAUGGGGCAAGACAGAAACCCAGGACGCUGGUAGCGACUCCCAGCAGAUAUAUUCCGGACCCAAUGUGGCAGGAACGGAGUCUGAAGUGAAGCUAAAGGUCCGUGUGCCGGUGGUCAGCCUGAACCGGUGCGCCGCCGUGUACCAACGUGUGAGCAGGACGAUAGAAUCGACGCAGAUAUGCGCGGGCGGCGUCCAAGGCCAGGACUCGUGUCGCGGAGACUCGGGCGGCCCACUCAUGGGACAAGCGCCCUCAGCCAACAACUGGGUAGUCGUCGGCGUCGUAUCCUACGGCCCCGCUCCCUGCGGUACACAAGGCUGGCCCGGAGUCUACACCCGAGUAGGCGCCUACAUCGACUGGAUCCUAUCCAAACUGCGCCCAUAGGUAAAUCAAGAUUUUGACUGAGAUAUUUAAAAAUAUAAUUUUAUAAAGAAAUCAUGCGCAACCAGGCACUAAUUAACUAAGGCGCAAGCAUUAACUUUUUGUAUUACCGUGUAAAAACUUGAGAUUAACUUAAUUUAUAAGUGUUGAUGCCUAUGGAACUUGCGUCUAUGAAAUAAAGUACAUUAUAUUUUGACGUUAGUGCCGUUUAGUCACAAAUGUGUGCCAUCCAUGACAGUACAUCUUGCCACUGUAAUCUAAGUAGUAGGUAUGUAAGACUGUGUGAACUAACAAUAUUGCGACGGUGGAUCUAACUACGUGGAAUAAAUAAAACAAUGUUACAAUUAUAAUAAAAUUUGUAUUAAGUAAAUAA